CGGGGCGGAAGAGCGCGUUCCCCAGGAGACGGCCCGAGGGGAGGGGGCUCCGCGCCGGCCUGAGGGCACACUUUGGUCAAAAAGAAGAAAUAACCACUAACAGCAGCAACAUACAGAUUAUCUCUUCCACUCUGGCUAGGGAGGAACAAUGGAGACUUCUGAUGGAGAAAGUUUGGGUGUAGCCACCUCCACCACUUCUGAUGAGUUUGAUGCAGUUGUUGGCUAUCUGGAGGAUAUCAUAAUGGAUGAUGAUUUCCAGUUAAUACAGAGGAAUUUUUUGGAGAAGCACUACCAGGAGUUUGAUGACUCAGAAGAAAACAAGCUCAUCUAUACUGACAUUUUUAAUGAAUAUAUCUCUUUAGUAGAGAAAUACAUUGAAGAGAAGUUGCUUGAUCGGAUUCGUGGGUUUGAUAUGGUUGCUUUCACAGUGUCAUUGCAACAACACAAAGAUGAAAUGCCAGGUGACAUAUUUGAUCUGCUUCUCACAUUCACAGACUUUCUGGCUUUCAAAGAAAUGUUCUUGGAAUACAGAGCUGAAAAAGAAGGUCGAAGUCUGGAUUUAAGCAGUGCGUUAGUGGUGACUUCAUUAAACCAUUAAACAAGUCAUUCUGAAGGGAGUUCUGUUGUAUUUUAAGCAAGGUCUACUAAGAUUUCAGAGGUGAAAGGCAGCGAUUCCCAAGAGACGGCUGGGACGGAGGGGUGGGGACUUGGCUCCACGUCGACUCUGAGGGCGGUGGGUGUGUGGGCAGGGCCAGGAUUGUGGGCCCCUCUCAAGGGGGUGAAAUCAAAGCUUUCUGGAGUUUUAUACCCUUUUACAAAAUGGAUGGAAGAGACUGGGAGAGGCAGCUUUCCCUUUCCCAGCUCUACCCAAACUUCUCCUAACGUGUCUGCCAGGAUCUUAGAAGCCGCUGUGGUUUGUCUGGGCCAUUUUCUGCAGUGCCCAGCUGCUGCUGCUGCUGCUGCAGGGAGCUUUUUGCACUCUGAUAUAAAGUGUCUGAGCUGCAGUUUGAGCUCAUUGUUCUUUGUCCUGUCUGCUGAACACAGAACAGUUUAUUCCUUCUAUUCUUGCAGCACCAUUGUUUAACUGGAAAUCAUCCAGUUCCAACCCCCCUGCCAUGGGCAGGGACACCUUCCACUAGACCAGGUUGCUCACAAUCCCAUCCAGCCUGGCCUCAGGCAAUAAAAGGUGCUCAGUUCUCAAGGCUGUGGUUUUAACUGAGAAGUCAGUGUGUGCAGGGAAGUAGUUUGCAAGGUGCCAAGGCAGAACUCAUGCUGAUCAGCCAUCAGCUGCUUUAUAGGAACAGCACAUCGUUUCUUUGGUCACGUCCUUCCCAAAGAGAUGCAGAUUCUGCAGCCUCAGUUGCCUAGUGAUGCAGUUGAAUCUGGAGAAAUGCUAACAAAACUAAUUUGGAACAUGUCAGAGUUUGGAAAGCUGAGACUGGUGUCCUUUAUCAGCGUUUAUAGGUAAGCUUUCUCUUUAGACUAUGGAAUUCAAUAGUGACCUCCCAUGUUUAUUUUUAUUAAUUUUAUUUUUUUAUUUCCUUACUGUUCCUGAUUUAUAUGUAUGUCUAUAUAUUCAUAUUUGUGGAAAUUUGACCCUUGAUUUACUCACUGACAACCAAAUAAAGGCAGAUCUGUCAUGGGCCAA